GGGGCAUCCAUAAACCAGUAAAGAGGAUUACGCCGAAGGGACCGAGACGGAAUGUGGCGAAGUCAAAAUGGCGUUGUGAUAAUCUGCCGAUGCCGAUUGCCGUCUCUCAUGUUUUGAUCCCUCAGUUCAUUUACCCCUCACAAGUCAGCAGCUAUGGGAUCUUCUGAUGACUCUGAUGCCUCUGUGGAAUCCGAUUCACCUGAGGUUGUGGAAGAUAAGGCAGGGGACACUUCCAAAUCCUCAGAGGCAGACAGUCGAAAGAAAAAGAAGAAACACAAACAUCACAAACAUAAAAAGCAUUCAUCAAAACAUGAAAAGAAACACAAGAAACAUAAGCGUCGGAAAAGUGAGAAUGGGGAAGACAAGAAACCGGUUAAAGAUCAGAAGCUGCUCACAAAUGGUAGUGCAACAGUGACUGUUGAUGUUGACACUCCCUCUAGCACAACCAGUGUGAAAUUAGACAAAGAUAUUGAUUCUGACCUAGAAGUUGUUAUUGAAGAUGAUGUUGAUCUUGACCUGGACGAAUUGAUGAGGCAGAAGGAGCUGUUGCAAGCUCGUCUUGGUGAGUGCUUGUCCGAAGAAAGGGUGAAAGAAGAUCCGGAAGUGAUCAAUCUGGUUGAUGACGACUCUGACAAAGAUGAAAAUCAGCGGACUGACAGACGAAAACGCAAGCUUAGCAGUGGUGGUGCCUUAGAAAAGAAGGCCAAGAUUGGCAGUGCGACUGCUCCAGAAGAAAAGCGUAAAGUUCUGUCUGAUCAGAAGGAGCAAACCAAGCGCCUGCGGGAUGGAGAUGUUCCUAAACGUAAAGAUUCCAAACCUGAAGAUAAGAAUAGAAAAGUGGAGUCAUUGCGAGGUGAUACCCUCAGUAGGAGACCAGAAGAUUCUCGUAGAAAAGAUGAUGACACCCGUAAAAGAGAUGACAAGCGAAGAGUUAGUCGCAGCCGAUCGCCUGUUGGUGGACGUCACCGUUUGCAUUCUGAUCGUGAGAAGGAGAAGGAGAAGGAGAAGGAGAAGGAGAGAGAAAGGGAUAGGGAGAAGGAAAGAGAUCGUGAACGUGAUCGUGAACGAGAUCGUGAACGCGAUCGAGAACGUGAACGCGAAAGAGAGCGUGAGAGGGAAAGAGAUCGUGAGAGAGAAAGAGAUAGAGAGAGGGAUAGGAGGAUUGAUAGAGAUAGAAAUAGAGAAAGAGAGCGUGAACGUGAUCGGGAUAAGGGAGGGCUUGAGAGGGAUAGAGAUCGGGACAGAGACAGAGGAUCCUGGAGAGCCAUGUCACCACGUAGCAGAGAAAGAGACCGCCGUGGACGAUACCAAAGUAGCAGGUACAACAAGGACAGAAGAGACCGAGAUGACAAAUUUAAAGGAAGCUUAUCUGAAGGCCUGAAGCAAGACAAAUCUUCAUCAGAAGAGGAUGCACCCGAUAUAAGCAUUGAUGAAGAUGAAGAAGAUGAAGAGCAAAUAAUUGAACGCAGGAGGAAACAGAGAGAAGAAUUGCUUAAGAGGUUAGGAGCUGUUAGUGAAGAUUCAAAUCUAUCUGCCUCCAAUCCCAAUGCCUCAGAUUCAGGCAGCCCUGUGACUCGACCUGGAUCUGUGGAGCUUAUAAGUGAUAGUCAAAGUACAGUCAAUGAGAAAAUUGAGAAGAAGCUUUCUUCACCUGAAAGUGAGCCAAAGUCAAAGAAAAAGUCAAGGUUUGAUCAGCCUGAAGCAGAGGAACAGGCGUCAUCGAAGGAAACCAAGGAGGAGAAAAAGACGGGCAAAAAGAAUGACUGGGAUAUGUUUGCAGAAGCUGAUAAUUUUGCAGCAGUCAAUAGUCCAAGUGCGUUGGAAAAGCAUGGAAGAGUCCCUGAGAAUCCAAGUUUAACUGACAAUUGGGAUGAUGCUGAAGGCUAUUAUCGUGUACGAAUUGGAGAAGUCCUUGAUGGGCGCUAUAAUGUUUAUGGUUAUACUGGGCAAGGUGUAUUUUCCAAUGUUGUUAGAGCUAGAGAUGGAGCACGAGGCAAUCAGGAUGUUGCUGUCAAGAUCAUUCGUAACAAUGAAAUCAUGCACAAGACUGGUCUGAAGGAGUUAGAAGUAUUGAAGAGAUUAAAUGAUGCUGAUCCAGAUGACCGCUGUCACUGUCUUCGCCUAUUUAGGCACUUCUUUCAUAAACAACAUUUAUGUAUGGUCUUUGAACCACUAAGUAUGAAUUUAAGAGAGGUGCUCAAGAAAUAUGGUAAAGAUGUCGGUCUUCAUGUGAAAGCUGUGCGAUCGUACAGUCAGCAAUUAUUUCUGGCUCUCAAGUUAUUGAAAAAAGCUAAUAUACUCCAUGCAGAUAUAAAGCCUGACAACAUUCUUGUCAAUGAAAGCAAACUUGUCUUGAAACUCUGUGAUUUUGGUUCAGCUUCCCAUGUUGCUGACAAUGAAAUUACACCUUACCUUGUCAGCAGAUUUUAUCGAGCUCCUGAAAUUAUUCUUGGUAUCCCCUAUGACUUUGGAAUAGAUAUGUGGUCUGCUGGAUGUACUAUAUAUGAGUUGUACACUGGCAAGAUCAUGUUUUCUGGGAAGACAAACAACCAGAUGCUCAAAUUUUUCAUGGACCUUAAAGGGAAAAUGCCAAAUAAACUCAUUCGGAAGGGAGCAUUCAGAGAUCAGCACUUUGAUGGAAAUUGUAACUUUUUGUACCACGAAGUGGAUAAGGUUACUGAACGUGAAAAAGUUGUAGUUCUAACCACUCUACAUCCAAGUAGAGAUUUACAAUCAGAGCUAGUUGGAAACCAAAAUCUUCCUGAAGAUCAAGCCAGAAAAGUUUCACAAUUAAAAGAUCUUCUGGACAAGAUAUGCAUGCUGGACUCAAGCAAGAGACCAGCCAUCAAUCAAGCCCUUCUGCAUCCCUUUAUUCAGGAGAGAAUUUAAAUUUUAUAUGUCUUCAUCUUGUAUGAAGUGUACUGUUGUGUAUAUCACAUUUCAGUAAACAUCAUGGCUGGGAGUAAUGUAAUUAAAUUUUGUACAGAGUUUAUUCACCACCACUAUGAUUCAAAAGAUUUUGUGGAUAAUUUCUUUUAACUUUCUUGACUUGAAUGAAUUUAGAGCAAAUUUAACAUUUGCUAGAGAAAACAUGUUAAAAGAGGAGAAACCUCCUACUGAUCAACGCAUACCUAUGUUAUGAAUUAUGAAUUGGCAGUUUUGUUUUGUUUUGAAUUGGAGGCCAGCUGACAAUUUAUAUUUUUUGUCUGUUGACUGUAGUAUUUGUGCAAACAUUAGGAGGAAAAUUUAAUCAACUGUUAGUGAAAGGUAUAGUGUCUGCAAUUUGGUUAAUAUAGUUUGCCUUUUUAA